CUUCGCGCGCUGCUCGAGCCCGAAGCCCGAACCGAAAUCGAUACCGCGCGCUUCGAUAGUACCGAAGUAUGGCCGUAAGCGGACUCUCAUGUCUGCUAAAGACAAAAUAGCGAACAGCAGCAACAGUCGACGUAACAGCAGUGCAGCAGCAUCAGCCGCGUAGGUGUUAUUAUGCCCGAGUUAAAGGUGUUCUAUUAUCUGUUCCUGCUGACGCUACUGGACACGACGUCGCCAAUCCGGCCGUCGCUGCACGGCCACAACAAUGCCUUUGUUCAAGAUGACAACAAUGUUCAAUAUCUUUUGGAUAAUAUGCCAAUAUCUAUGCAUAAGGAUUUUGCUAAUACAGUACAUGGAGCUGGGGAUACUAUAUCGGACGAGGAUAAAAUGGAAGAUUUGCUCUCUCAUAUUUCUUUUGAGCCAAGCAUUUUGGACUUCAAAGAAAGACAACUUGGUAUUCCUCACCAAGAAACUGUGAUCAUAUUUAACAAAGAUCACAAUAGAACCAUACAUCUUUCAUCGAUAUCUGGAAAUACACGACAUUUUCAUUCAUCAUUUUUUCAAAGCAAAGUAAUUCCACCAUUGGGGAAUACAACAUUUAAUGUUGUCUUCCUUGGUCGAGACGAAGGUGAUAUCGAUGCGCACCUUUUUAUACAUACUUUAGACGGGACACUAAAGUAUCAGGUCAAAGGAAUAAGUGUUAGUAGUCCUUAUAGACUCCGACCUGUCGAUGUCAAGUUACCAUUAAAUGCAUCUUUUACACCUCUUAUAUAUAUGCACAAUCCUCAUCCGGAAGCUUUACAAGUAUGCGGAAAUAUUUAUAUUGAUUACGUGCUGGAAGUAUAUAGCAGCGGUGGAGAAUUUCAAUUAGAAUUACCAUCGGGUGAACCGGAAGGUACUCGAGAAUUAUGGGAAAUUCUACCUUAUCAAACGAAGCCUAUCAUCAGACUAACUUUUAAUGCUUACACGGAAAAAAAUCAUUCGACAUAUGUUAGAUUUAAAGUGAAUAAUACUGCUGAGAUUCUUGUGGUAGCAGUUGAAGUAGAGGUCAAAAGUGGAGCUGGUCUUCAUUGGGGUGGGAGUUCUGGAAUAAUUAAUUUAGGUAUGGGUGGUUCACUACAGCCGCCUAUUCGCCACCCUAUUGCUUUAAAAAAUUCUGCGAAAAAAGCAAUCAAAGUUGUGAAUAUUAUAAAUACACCUGUAUCAAAAGCAUUAAAAUUGCAUUUUGAGCCAGCAAUAAUUCCAGGAGAGACAGAUAUACCAAUCGCCAUUGGAAUGCUGGUUUACGAUUGGAAAACCGGUUUGGAUCUGCAACACUUUAGAGGCAAAUUAAUAAUAAAAGCUACAGGUCCAGGUGGCUCUAAUCAAAAAUUAGCAAUUCCAUGGGUAGCUCAAGUGCUGCAGGGUGGAUUAGAAGUAAACACAUCAAUUACCCAUUAUUGUUCUCCACAAUCUAAUCAAGCUCGAAAUUUUAGCGUGGUGAACAAAUUUAAAUUACCAUUAGCUAUUACGAAUGUUACGAUGUGUUCGAAUGCGAAGUCGCUUUUUACGAUAAAAGAUUUUACUCCUAGAGUAAUAAAACCCGAGCAAAAGGUCAAUAUAUUUUCUUUACAACUUGCCAAAGAACGGAAGGGUGAUAGCGUGAAAAUGGAGUCAUCGAUAUUGAUACACUCCAACGUAUCCGUAACCGAAGUUCCAGUGUUGAGUUACGAUGGGAAACUGAAAAAAGUUAUGCCGGGUGAAAAGGAAAAUGAUAUGGGAACGAUGAAUUUUGGUACUGUGGGGAGCGGUACCGAGAACGAAGCAAUUUUCGCGCUAGAAAACCAAAAUCCCGUCAAUGUGGAGCUACAUAGCUGGGGUGUGAAUAUGCCGGGUGCGGUUUUAGAAUUGAUGGGAUGUCAAAAUGGUCCUGCGGAUUCGUUGGAUAAGGAAUUUCGAAAUAUAACUGUAUGCAGUCAUUCUGGAAACCAAUACAUAAAGCCCGAGUUUCUGGCGAUUUUUAAGAUCAAAGUGAAGACUCCUAUGGUCGAGGAAGACACGAUUGUCGGCGAUGUUUUCGUGCGAACGACGUACGAGCGAUUUACUUUGCCGGUGUAUAUGCGGGUUGCGCACGGCAAGAUUUCCUUGAAGAAGCUUAUUUUUACCGAUUGCUUCCCUGGAUCGAUCUGUGUGCAACAAGUGAAGGUGCACUCCACAUUUUCAAGACCGAUGGAAGUGACGCAUAUUGCACCUAUAAACAAGGACGACAGAAUAAAGUACAUCCCAUUGGAGGAAGCUACCAUGCCAGUCAUAUCCAAGGGCGAGAAUAAUGUCGGCUCAAUACAGAUCGAUCCUUUGGUGACUUGCAAGCAACAUUGUUACCUAGGUUUAUCAGUAGAUACCAACACGGGAAAUCAAUGGUUGAAUACGAUGAGCCUUCCCUCGCACACUCGCGACUCCGACUUGAACUUGUUGAACACGCGACACACGCGUUUCGUCAACUCUACCGCGGAUGGUUCGUGGGAAAACGUCACAAUGCGCUUGGAUACAACCGAAGUGCGUGGUCAUCGGUUUUACGUGAAUAUUAAGCCAUACUGGCCGAGUCUGUUGGUCGGUAUAAAAAAUAAAAGCGUUCUGAUGUUCCCACUGACGCAAGUCGGAAACACAUCGUAUAGAACGAUCAAGUUACACAAUCCGAGCGCGAGUCCGCUGUUAGUUCAGCUGGUCAUGGAUUGGAGCUAUCCUCAAGGAGCACGUCUUUAUCAUUCUUUGCCAACGAAAUUUAAGCCUGUUUGCACGGAAUGUUCGUCUACAGUUCCGGAAGAGUUCAAGUUAGAAGAAAAUGUGGCCGAUCGAGAGCUAUUCGAGAAACAAUUGGGUAUAUCGGUGGCGUCUCAAUCGGUUCCUUUGUAUUUACAUCCUUUGGAAACAAGGAUGAUUCGUGUGGCAUAUACACCCUUCUCUGCUUCGGCAUCCUCUGGUUUUUUAUAUAUUAGAAAUAAUAUGACUAUUUUAGAAGUCUUACGUAUGAGUGGUCGAGGUGCGAGCGCGCAAUUUCGAUUCGGCAAUCGUAAGCCGGGAUCGACUACGCCCCUGUUGUUUGAACUCGUGGAUAAACAUUUUAAAGAUUGCGAACGAGACCGUAGUAAACACGCUACGACUCCUGUUCUCACUGUAAAGCGUUCUUUUACGGCUAGGAAUACGGGGGAAUUGCCGAUUGAAAUUUACAGCUUCUACAUUAAUGACUGGCGUUGCGAGGGUUAUGGUUUCAAGGUACUCGAUUGCGCACCUUUCAAGCUGAAUCCGAACGCCACUAAAAGAAUAGAGAUAGCAUUCACGCCAGAUUUUACGUUGUCGCGUGUGGAACGGAAGCUGUUGGUGUUGACGAGCGUAGGACCAGACGGAGAUGAAAAUGUCGAAAAUGGUGUGGUGAUACUUAAUCUAUUGGCGAUUUUGCCAGUGCAUUCAUUAGAUUUGUGCGCGCCAGUGCUCGCCAGACCAUCGUGGGAACGCGCAAUACGGUGGAUUGCCAUUAGCAUCUCGUCGAUAGUAUUGGCGAGCGUUUUCGCGGUUUCGUUCUUCGAGGCGGAUAGAAUACUACGGGGAGCCUUAGCCAAUUACUCGAAAGAGAGUCCGGUACAACCGCCCUUAGAUUUGAGGCUACUGUCACACAUUUCGAUGCAUAACUCGACGCAGAUCAGUACCCUUAACAAGAACGAGAGAAGCGGAUCAAAUGAUGAUAAAAGCAAGACAAAAAAGGAUGAAACUUGUUUUCCAGACUGGUCAUUGAUGAACGUGAAGAAAUGUAAAGAUAAAGACACGCAGAAAGGAUUAAAGAUUCCGGACUGGUCCACCGAGGAGGAACGCAGAUUCAAAUUGGACACCGAGUCUAAAGAUCUGCUGUCUUUCAAGCGAUGCGAAGAACCGUCUAAUGUAGAUAGCACUACUAAUCUGAAUACGUCAUACGGAUCGAAAAAAAAGAAUAAUAGUAAAAAGCAAAACAACGUUCAAGAGACCCAAUCGGACAAUUGUGUGACGAAUGACACGCUUAUGGAUACUCAGUUAAUUCAAGAAAAAAAGUAUACCGUUAAUAUGGUUACGAAGUCGAGUCCGACAUCGAACAGAAAAGGAAAAAUUCAAUCUACGCAACCGACUGUCAAGGAAGAGCCAAAAUUCGAUCAUGAGAUUCAAGUGGAUGCGGGAAUAAUUAACAAUCGGAUUAACAAAUCGGACAACAAGCGAAAUAAACAAACAAAUAGCAUCGCAAACAAUAAUAGUAAUCACAAUAAUGUUUCUUUGAAAAAGCUCGAAUCAACGAAUGUUCAAAAAACCAUUCACCUUUCAGAGGAAGAGACCUCAUCCACGACAACGGAGAGUUCGACUCAUGAUGAAACAACAUCUUGUAAAAAUUUUGAUCAACCAUGCGGAAAACAAGAAAAGCUCCAAAGAAAACCGAUAUCUAAGAAAAGCAAACCUCAGUCUAUUCCUCCUGUGCCAUGUAUAGAUUAUAAGGAUAAUUAUGAAGGUGACUGUGAUGACGAUGAUUACGAUAAGGAAAGACAGAAUAAUCCAAAUAGAUGGAAGACGAGCUCUAAUAGAUCUAGCACGAAGCACCAUGUUCAUUCUUUACGUACCGUCGAAUCAUCCUUGAAGUUACCACGUCAGAAUAAGAAUCAACCACGGAAGGAGAAGACAGUGCAAAAACGUCGUGUAGCUGAUAAAACGCACAUCAAAUCUCCUCCUGUAAACGGAAACGUAAACCAAAAAGAGGACAUAACACGCAGCAUAGGAACAAUAAUUCCCACUCCAUUGCCGCCUCCGCCCUCCUGUUGGGGUGAAAACAGAGCUAAGUUCAGUGACGUGGUAGCCCGAAGUCAGGAGAUUGUUUUGCCGUUCUCCAAUUUAAAUCACAAGAGUCAAACAAAUACGUCAAAUCUGUCCAUGGUGUUCGGCACUGAUGUUCAAUAUGCUAAACCACAGUCGACGCAGGAGUUGUUGCAAACAUCGAACGAAUAUAAUUUGAUGUCAAAACCGACCUCUCUUUGUAUUGCAUCAUUGGAGAAGGAUAAAGCACUCAAUUCGGAACCUCUAAUCUUACCGCCGGAUUUGCAACAUUCAAAUAGUUACUUCAUCAAUACUUUCACAGAACAUCCUUUUGAACGCGAACUGGUGCCAUAUGACGAUCUUCCAGAAACCGACGAGCCUUUAGUAGAACUGGAAACACCUGAAGAAGACACGCGAUGUCAAUUGUGGGAAGAUCCUACUCCUAUGAUGAAUUUGAUGGCAGACACAAAUGGAUUUCAAUUGGAAUCGUCGAAGACAACGGAGAAAUCUGUGAUGUCUGACUUGAAAGAUAAUUGGACAGUUGAUACGAAUUGGGAACCAUAUACGAGAGGAGCGGUUGGAGAGGAACGUAGUGGCGUGUGGGGAAUCAAUACAGGGGGUGUGUGGGCUGCAGCACCUUGGGGUGCAGCUGCACCGCCCAUGAUGUCGCAAACAUUACAAUCAGAGUCGGAUACGCAGGAACGAUCCGGAUUUGAUCCAUUUCGUUCGCUCAGCACAAUAUGGACGCCGUCAUCGACCGAAUCGUGGAGAACGAAACGCGAGGAUUAAUCUCAUGGAAAGAACGAAGCAAUGUUUUAUCUUGUGAUAUCGUAUUUCUAUUUCACGAUUUUUUUGGCGAAAAUCGAAAGUAAACGACGGUUUCAACAGUGACAAUAUAAUUGCCACGACCGUGAUAUACGGAUUCGAAAGCCGCAUUGAAAAUUGUUAUAUUUUGUUACAACUACGCUGAGCGUACUUUGUGAUAUGAUUGUUACUAUUAUUUUGUUGUACGAUAGUAACACACAGAUAUGAAUAGUUUCUCGAACGAGUUAUUUUCAUAUUGUUUCUUAAACCAAAAUCUAGAUAUUACAUUUUUCAUUUUUUAUUUCAUUAUUUAAAGCAUACUAAUGCGAUACUUUAAAUUACUGUGAGUGAGGUGUACUUCAUGCAGGAUAAUCGAUUAUUCUUUUUUUUUUUGUUUGGUUUGUUAUAAGAGAUGUAUAUAUAUUAAUUGAUCGACUACAAAUGAAAUGGAAAUAGCACAUGUGGAAUUACAGAAUUUGCAUAAAAAAAAUGAAAAAAAGGAAAUACAGUUUCUCAUAUUAUAAUCACAGCACGUAUUAAUUUAAAGAAACAACUAUAUACAUGGCUUAUAUAUGGAAAUUUAUAAUUUGCUCCUUGAUUUACAGCACACUCUUUCUCUUCUCUUUGCGAUAUUAUCCGUGUAUGCAUAUGUAAGGGGAACUAAAGAUGGAAAAGAGAAUGAACUAUCGCGAUACUCGAGAGUCCUGGAUCUUGGUAUAUUAACCACGAGUGAUAAUUAAGUUAUUCGAGACGAGUGAGAACUGUGAUUUUUUAUAGUCUUGACUUGUAGAGUAUACCUUCAAGAAAAUUUUCAAGACAAGUUUUACAAGAUUGCGUAUACAAAGUAUGAAAUGAAAGAAAUGUGUACCUAUUCUUCAAGACUGGUAAUCGUUGUGUUUUAAUAAAGAAGUCACAAAAAAUA